AUGUUGUUUCACGGUGUCGCUGGGACCGUGAAGCCCGAUGGCGAAGUUGAGACGGAGCCAGAAGCUGAAAGCCGUGUGCAAAUGGAACCUUGUCCGUUUUUGUUGGAUGAGUUUUUGUCAGAUGAGUCUGAUGGAGAAGGCGACUCGGACGCUUCGCCCAAGAAGUUGACGGCAGAGCAGUUACAAAUUUGGAAAGGCAAGAUGGGCGAAGCACUGGCAAAGGCAUUAACCGCCUUGGAAGACUACAUGGUAAAGAAUGACCUCAAAAAGGAGGAAAUGCCAGUGCAUGGAAUGGUGAAAGACAUGAAGAGUAAAUUGCCAAACGAUGAGACACCCGACCGUGGAGAAUACUACAAUCUUCUGACCGCAGCUCGCAUGUUUCUGGACAACGACGAGACGUAG